UUCCCCCCUUUUUUUUCCCCCUGGUGAGGCAGGCUCUGCUUACACUGCCUGGACGUGCCACAUCUGGAAACCGAGCGCUGCGAGAAAGUUGAAACAACGGAGGCACCACCAAGCCAAGGGGGGGCUGACUGCAGAAGAGGGGAAGCAAUCUCUGGAAGACCACUGCUGGAUGUAAGGGGAGGACAUGGCUUUGAUCCCCCCCUGGCCCCUGCUUGCUCCUUUCUUACUCUCUCUGAGGUGCUUCUCCUCCAGCGCAGCCUCCACCGAGGGCAGCGUCUUCCAGUUUGACAUUGAAGGCAGCGCCGCGGUCGGUGUGCAAGAAGCCACAGUGACCAGAGUGCUGCAGGCAGGAGCUGCUGGAAGUUGGGUGCCCUUUGCAGAGGGAUGUGAAGAAGGAUUUUACCGCACCAGCUCAGGACAGUGCUCCCCUUGCAGCUGCAAUGGGAACGCCAACAGAUGCCUCGACGGAUCCGGAAUCUGUGUGGGCUGCCAGAGAAACACCACAGGACCGCACUGCGAGCAGUGUCCCGACGGCUUCAUUGGUGACCUUGUCCAAGGAGUGCCCACCUUCUGCCAGCCCUGCCCCUGCCCCCUGCCUGCUCUUGCCAACUUUGCCGUGUCCUGCUACAGAAAAGGCGGGAGCGUGCGCUGUGUCUGUCCGGAGAGCUACGCAGGACCCAACUGUGAGAGGUGUGCCCCCGGUUACUACGGGAACCCUUUGCUGGCAGGAAGCACCUGUAAAAAAUGCGACUGCAGCGGCAACUCCGACCCCAACCUGAUUUUCGAGGACUGUGACGAGGUGACGGGCCAGUGCCGCAACUGCCUGCACCACAGCAGCGGGUUCCGCUGCGAGCGCUGCGCCCCGGGCUUCUUCGGGGACGCCAGGGUGGCCAAGAACUGCACAGAAUGUAACUGUGGAGGGAGAAUGUGUGACAGCCAGACUGGAGAAUGCCUCGCAGACGCUCCUGAAGUUUCUACUGGCACAGACUGCCCGACCAUCAGCUGUGACAAAUGUAUCUGGGAUCUGACAGAUGACAUCCGACUAGCAGUCCUGGCCAUUGAUGAAAGCAAAUCAACGUUACUGAGCAUUUCUACUGGUGUUGCAGCUCAAAAGCGCUUGAAUGACUUGAACCUCACGGCCACCCAUCUCCAGGCAGCCAUUUCCGAAAAAAAGAACCAUGCUGUGCUUUGGACCAUCCAGGUCGAUGAUGCCGCAGAUGAAAUGAAUGAUCUCCUGAGAGAGGCAGCAACACUUGAUGAACAGGGAAAUGAAGCAUCCAGCAAAGGCCUGUUGGUCCAGAAGGAAACCAUGGAGACCAACCACCGUGCGACCCAGCUUGUGCAGCAGCUCAGCAAUAUGAGGGAUAACAUCCAAGAAAUCGGCAGUAAGAUGGAAUAUUACGCGAUUCAACAAGAGCUGAGCCCUGAAGAGAUUGCUCAGAAGCUGGAUGUGGCUGAGGAGAUGCUGAAGGAGAUCAAAGGCCGUCAGCCCUUCACUCAUCAGCGGCAGGUUGCAGACAAGGAGGAAAGCAUGGCAGAGCAGUUGCUCCAGCAGGUUGAAGAGUUUCAUGAGAGGUACAAUGACACCAGAUCUCUAGUAUCUGAUGUGCUGGAGCAGCUCAGCGAGCAGGACGUGAGGCUGUCAGACCUGGGGGAGGCAUUAGACCAGGCACUUGACUAUGUUCUCCAAGCAGAGGAUAUAAACAAGGGAAACACAGCCAGUCUUCAGAGGCGUGAGAAACAACAAGAGAAAAUAAAAAAGCAGAUGGAUGAAGUGAACAGCACUCUGCAAAGUGCCACAGCAAUUCUGGAAGGGCCACAAAAGGUCAGCUCUGAGCUAAGUGAGGUGAUAAAGAACGUGUCAGGGUUCUACGCAGAAAUAGAUGGAGCAAAAAAGGAACUGCAAGAAAAACUGUCCAAUCUGUCACUGUUUGAUGCUGAUUUGGUAGAGAAGGCCAUGCAACAUGCACUCCUCCUGAGAAGACUUGCUGAUGAGCUGGCCCGGAAACUGUACGGCGUUGAUACCAAUGGCUUGGUACAAAAGGCAAUAAAUGCUUCAAACGUGCAUGAGAACAUUGCUGGUUACGUUGCAGAAGCCCAGAAAGCUGCUCUGCUGGCACUGAACACAACGCACCGGGUCCAGGAUGCUGCAGGUGGAAUUGACACUCAGAUCAUUUACCAUAGAGGUAAAAGUGAAGAACUUCUCCACCGAGCCAUGGAGCUACAACGGGCAGCAGGAGACAGCCAGGAUGUCACAGUGGCAGACACGGGCCGGCACCUCAACGGCACCUUGGCCAGGACGCGCGCCCUGCGGAGCCAGCUGCUGAGAGCCGUGGCGAGCAUGCAGGCAGCAGAGGCAGUGGAGGCCAGGGAGCGUUUGGAGCAAGCUCAGCUGCAGACGGCAGAGGCUGUGAGUGCCACCAGGACAGUCACCCAGGCUACGGCGCCCAUGGGCGAGAACGUGAAGCUGUGGUCUCAAAACCUGCAGGACUUCCAGCACAAUUCAGCAGCAUAUGACAGUGCUGUGCACUCGGCUGGGGAUGCAGUGCAGAAACUUACAGAAGUCUUCCCUCAACUCCUGGACAAGCUGCGCAGGGUGGAACAGAAGGCACCAGCAAACAAUGUUUCUUCCAGCAUUCAGAGGAUCAGAGAGUUAAUUGCUCAAACCAGGAGUGUAGCAAGCAAGGUCCAGGUUUCCAUGAUGUUUGGAGGACAAUCAGCUGUUGAAGUCAAUCCCAAGAUCAACGUGGAGGAACUGAAAUCUUUCACUUCCAUGAGCUUGUACAUCAAGUUUGAAAAAGACAACCCACAACUGGCAGCAUCUCCAGACAGAUUCAUUUUGUACCUUGGAAGCAAAAAUGCAAAAAGCUACAUUGGUCUUGCAAUUAAAAAUGACAACCUUGUGUACAUCUAUAAUCUGGGGGGCCAAGAUGUGGAGAUACCUCUGGAUGCCAAGCCAGUCAGCACGUGGCCUUCUUACUUCAGCAUCAUCAAAAUUGAGAGGAUUGGAAGACACGGAAAAAUGUUUUUAACUGUGCCCAGUCUUAGCAGCACGGCUGAAGAAAAAUUCAUCAAAAAGGGAGAGGUUCUUGGUCCUGGCUCUCUCCUGAAUUUGGAACCUGAAAAUGCUGUUUUCUAUGUUGGAGGAGUGCCUCCAGACUUCCAGCUCCCCCCGAGCUUGGACCUCCCCGGCUUCAUCGGCUGCCUGGAGCUGGCCACCCUGAACGACCAGGUGAUCAGCCUCUACAACUUCAGGCACGUCUACAACAUGGACACCACCAGAUCACCACCCUGUGCCAGAAACAAGCUGGCUUUCACCCAGAGCAGGGCUGUGAGCUACUUCUUUGAUGGCUCUGGCUACGCCGUGGCCAGAAACAUCGAGAGGAGGGGAAGGUUCAGCCAAGUGACCCGGUUUGACAUCGAAGUUCGAACCCCCACAGACAACGGAUUGAUCCUGCUGAUGCUCAACGGGAGUAUGUUCUUCAGCCUGGAGAUGCACGACGGUUUCCUGCACCUCCGCUACGACUUUGGCUUCAGCUCUGGCCCCGUGCUGCUCGAGGACUCCAUGAAGAAAGCUCAGAUUAAUGAUGCCAGAUUCCAUGAGAUUUCUAUUAUCUAUCACAACUCUAAGAAGAUGAUCCUGGUAGUAGACAGGCGACAUAUAAAAAGUGUGGACAAUGAAAGGACAGCCAUGCCAUUCACAGACAUCUACAUUGGAGGAGUUCCUGCUGAGGUCUUGCACUCCAGCAGCAUUAGCUCACACCUGGCAGGAACCGUUGGCUUUAAAGGCUGCAUGAAGGGUUUCCAGUUCCAGAAGAAGGAUUUCAACUUGUUAGAAGAACCAGGAACCCUGGGAAUCAGCUAUGGGUGCCCAGAGGAUUCACUGAUGUCCCGCAAAGCGUAUUUCAAUGGAGAGAGCUUCAUUGCAUCAAGCCAGAAAGUGUCUCUCUUGGGUGAAUUUGAAGGAGGCUUUAAUUUCCGGACCCUGCAGCCCAAUGGGCUGCUCUUCUACUAUUCAGAAGGAUCAGAUGUAUUAUCCAUCUCCAUGGACAGAGGUGCUGUGGUUUUAAAUGCAAGUGGAACCAAAAUUCAAUCCCCCGACCGAAAUUACAACGAUGGGAAAACUCACUUCAUCAUGACUUCUGUCACCCCAGAAAGAUACGAGCUGAGUGUUGACGACAAGAAACAAAGCAAGAAGAACCCAGCAAAGGACAGAGCAGGGAAAAGCCCAGAGGGUGGCAAGAAGUUUUAUUUUGGUGGCUCUCCCCUCAGAACCCAGCAAGCCAACUUCACGGGCUGCAUAAGCAAUGCUUACUUCACCAGGCUGGACCGAGAGGUUGAAGUGGAAGAUUUCCAGCAGUACCCUGAGAAAGUUCAGGCUGCUUUGUAUGGAUGCCCUGUUGAAUCUCCUCCAGUUGCUCUUCUCCAUAAGAAAGGAAAAAACUCAUCAAAAGCCAAAGGAAACCGUAAUAAAAAGGUGGGAAGAGAUAAAGACAAGAUCUCUCAGCCUUCAGGGGGCCUCAAAAAGCUGCAUCAAGAGGUGAACAUGCAAAGAGACCCUCAGUGCCACUUGCCCGUGAAUCCCAAGGCAACCAAAGAUGCAUUCCAGUUUGGAGGAACAGCAAACAGCCGGCAGGAAUUUGAUCACAUCCCAAAGGAUUUUGGUGAAAGAGCCCAGUUCUCUAUCAGUCUGAAAACCCACUCAUCUCACGGAAUGAUUUUCUACGUCUCGGAUCAAAAAGAGACCAACUUCAUGGCCCUUUUCGUUGCUCACGGCCGACUCAUCUUCAUGUUUAAUGCUGGUCAUCAGAAGAUAAGGAUUAAGAGCCAAGAGAAAUACAAUGAUGGCCUCUGGCACAACGUGAUAUUUAUGAGAGGCAGGAAUAUUGGUCGGUUGAUAAUCGACGGUCUCCGAGUACUGGAAGAACCUUUUGGUGGUAAUGCCAGUCCCUGGCAAGUCACCAAACCACUCUACAUUGGGGGUGUUGCUCCAGGAAAAGCUGUAAAAAAUAUCCAGAUUAACUCUGUCUACAGUUUCAGUGGCUGCCUCAGCAAUUUACAGCUCAAUGGGAGAUCAGUCACCUCAGCCUCCCAGACGUUCAGCGUCACGCCUUGCUUUGAAGGCCCGGCCGAAGCAGGAACAUACUUCUCAUCAGAAGGAGGAUAUGUCGUCCUUGAUGAAUCCUUCAGUCUAGGCUUGAAAUUUGAAGUUGUUUUUGAGCUCCGUCCCCGAAGCAGCUCCGGGAUUUUGCUGCACGGCCACAGUGUGAACGGAGAGUACCUGAACAUGCACAUGAGAGAUGGACAGGUUACUGUGAAACUCAAUAAUGGAAUCAGGGAGUUUUCAACUUCAGUGACACUGAAACAGAGUCUCUGCGAUGGCAGGUGGCACCGAAUUGCAGUUAUUCGAGAUGCUAACGUGGUGCAGCUGGACGUGGACUCUGAAGUCAACCAUGUGGUGGGGCCACUAAAUCCAAAGGCAGUUGACCACAAGGAGCCAGUGUUCAUUGGAGGUGUGCCAGAGUCCCUGCUAACAGCCAGCCUGACUACACGCAAUUCCUUCAUCGGCUGCAUCCGUAACUUCAUGAUUGAUGAGAAGCCAGUGAGUUUUAGCAAGGCAGCUUUGGUUAGUGGUGCUGUAAGCAUCAACACCUGCCCAGCAGCCUGACAGGGCCUGCAUCAACCCUGUGCAGCUCCUUGGACCACAGAAAGUAAAACGGGACAAAAGAAACCGGGUUCAUCCAGAGAAGAAGGAUGAAAAGAUGAAGGAUUCGUCUACAGAAAGCAGGAUGUUUAAGGGUCACUUCUAGUCCUCAUGUGCAAACAAAAAUCCCUGAAGAAUAAAGGGCUGUUGCUUCUGCACUUCUCUUACUAUGCCACAAGAGUGAGCUUUACCAUUUCUUACAGCGUUAUCUGCGGCCAGCCUGUCACACCAGUAUGUGGGGUGAGGAAAGAAACAAAACCUCCAUUAGAUGUGUUACUUUCAAGAUAGAUCCUUUCCAUCAUUUCGUUCCAUACUUUAGGCCACCCUUUGUUUCACAGGAAAAGAUCUGCUAAUGCACACACCAGAAUAAAGCUGGAUAAUAUUGCAAAUAACUGUGCUCAAAGGUAUUUGUUUUUCAGUUUCCAUUCAACUCGUGUACACAUUCCUCACUUAAAAUGAGAGGCAGAGAGCACACCAACUAUGUAGGCUUACAAACAAUUACAAACUGAAAAUGUUAAUCCUCUUCUAGACUCCCUGGGCAUGUUCUAGCACAAAGUGAAGACAGGACAUGUAUCUUUUAAGCCAGACACUUUCUAGAACCAACCAUCUACCUAAACUGAGGAGCUUCACAGCAAUACUUGUCUCACCAAGGAAGGGAGAGGAGAAGCAAAAUUCAAAAUGUCAGGGUUUUUCUCUAAAUUUUAAAUGCACUUGCAUAGAGACACAGCACUAAAUCCAUCACCUUGUUGUGAACUCGUUUGCACCAAUAUAACCCAAGUAACCAUGAAGCAGAAUUGUAGUCACAGUUUCAGGCACAUCACAUAAAAUUAACACUGCCUUGUGAGGCUGCUGCAGGACUCCAGUUUGCAGCCAUAACCAUCAAACUGGAAACAUGUUCCUGUGGAAUGUAUCCUGGAAGAGGAACUGGGAGUGGAACAGGAAGGUGCAAACAUAAGGCAAAGGGCUGCAGAUCUGAGCUGUGUUCAAACCCUAGAAGGCAGAUGGAAGAUGAUACUGGGCUUUUGCUCCAGCAGGCUUGAAGAUCCAACAGACACAAGACACUGGCAAAACUCAGCCUCUUCAGUGACAACCUACAAGGCACCAAAAUCAUUUAAGUUUGUUUUCUUUAAAGAAUAAACUACUGUUGACAGGAAAA